AACAACGCCGCGCAAUUCUCGCCAAGGCUGAUCGAAAUGUGUGCGAAUGCCUAUCUUCGAACGCUCUUUCCUCCUAUUCCUACCCACUAGCUUCUUUACGCCAAACAUUCACCACGUCGAGAGCUACCACAAUUUGGCGCAACGCGUCAGGCACACUUGGUGCUUACCAGACCCUGCGCUGAUCCCCAACAACUUAUCUUAGGAGCCUCGUCGUCGCCAACACGACCAUCAGGCGCCCCUCGAUUGUACAUUUCCUCUAAACCUCACACUUCCACCUCCAUCUCCACCUCCGCCGUACUCGUAACCGUGACCUGACCACCUCUCCUACGAAACAAUCACGAACCGCAACGAUGCCACUACCCCCAAUAGCAAUUGCCUGCCUCUCGGCCCUCGCCAUCGACUCCUGCAGCAACAUCAUCGCGCAACGCCUCAAAGCAUGGAAUGAAUCCAAGCCCUUUGUCUUCGACCGCGUGCUCUUUAUUCAAUUCGCAAUCAUGGUCGUGUUGACAGCACCUGUCAAUUACCACUGGCAGAACUGGCUGGAGCGCGCGUUUCCGGGGUGGACGACGCAGAAGAUAAUCAGGAGUGUAAGCGAGGAUGAAGAGGAAAAGGGCAUGAUGCUGAGUGAGGAUGGGGACGGGAGAGCGGUGGUGGAGGAGGAGGUCAGGGUGAGGAAUUGGUGGAACAUUUUCAGGAAGUGGUUUACUGAUUGUAUUACCAUGGGCGCGUUGUUGAACCAAUCCAUGUUCUUGAUCUUGAUUGGGAUUAUGAAGGGGAAGACUGUGGCGUUGAUUGUACAGGAUUUCAGGAAUGAAUUGUUCGGUCUCAUCUUCGAUUCAUACAAAGUCUGGCCCAUUGCCAACUUCUUCAGCACGACCUAUAUCCCCGUCGAACGUCGUAUCGUUUUCCUUAGCUUCUGCGGAUUGCUAUGGAAUAUCUACCUCUCGUUGGUAGCGGCUCGGUUGUAGAAAGAUGCUUGUAUAAUACAAUCUACUUCCGCAUC